GGUCGGACGGUGCCAUCGCGGAGACGCACCAAACACCAGCCAUACGCUUUCAUUUUUUCGUUAGUGUUCAGUUGUAGGCUAAUCCAUCCGUUAUGUAAAAUGAGGAAAAUUUAUGAAGAUUAUUGAUUACUUUAGGACAAAUUGGCGAUUGUUAAAUAGUUUGAAAAUGGAGUUGUUUGCUACAUAUACUGAGCCCGGGGAGUCGGUACGGAACACACUGACUUCAAAUCUCAGGACAGAAGAAAUUUUAAGAGAUGACCUAAAAUACUACUUCAUGAGCCCAUGUGAAAAAUACAGAGCACGACGUCAAAAACCAUGGAAACUAGGCGUGCAAAUCUUGAAAAUCAUCAUGAUCACCACUCAGCUUGUCCUAUUUGGUUUGAACAACCAGCUUGUAGUGUCAUAUAAAGAGGAGAAUCUGAAGGCUUUUAAGAACCUGUUCCUAAAAGGCUACAGUGGAACAGAUGAAGAUGACUACUGUGUGUCAAUGUACUCUCAGGAGAGUGUCUAUGACAGCCUAUUUUAUACAAUAAAUCAGUUUUCCAGGUUACGCGAGCUGACAAUGGGCCCAGUGAGUUACGCAGAGCAGGAGGACGGAACCCCGGUGCCACUGACCAUCUGUAAGGAGUACUACAAGAAGGGCAACGUGCAGCCCUCGGAUGAGUACUAUGACAUCGACUCACAAACAGAAACAGUUUGCUUGAGUCUCAAUCCCCAACACAUGGCCUCAUGGAAGACAGACAAUGCAUCUUUUUUCGAUCUAGAUUUUUACAGGCUCAUUGACAUUGAGAUCUCCUUUCAACUAAAAGGAAUCAAUCUACAAACAGUUCGUUCUCGAGAGCUACCUGACUGCUACACUUUCAGUGGCACUAUAACAUUUGACAACAAGUGUCACAGUGGAAUGGUGAAAGUAUACCUGGAUGUUGAUGCUCAGAGCAAUGCAUGCAAAAACUGGAAGAUCUCAGGAACUGCUCAGAAGAACACCCACUACCUCCUGGUGUUUGAUGGCUUUGUUAUCGCUGUGUGUCUCAUGUCGGCUGUGCUCUGCACACGCUCCAUUGUGCUGGCUGUCAAGCUACUUCAGAGGUUCUCAAAUUUCAUUCUUGAGAAUUAUAAUGGCACUGUAUGUGAGGAUGACAAGAAGGAGUUCUUGAAUGGCUGGUAUGUCUUGAUGAUCAUCAGUGACAUUCUGGCAAUAGUGGGCUCAAUACUGAAGAUGGAAAUUCAGGCAAAGAGUCUUACCAGCUAUGACGAGUGCAGCAUCUUCCUGGGGACGUCAACCCUGAUGGUUUGGGUCGGCGUAAUCAGAUACUUGGGUUAUUUCCAGAAAUACAAUGUUCUCAUCCUCACCAUGAGAAUGGCCUUUCCCAAGGUGCUGCGCUUCUGCUGCUGUGCAGGGAUGAUCUACCUGGGCUACACGUUCUGCGGCUGGAUCGUUUUGGGGCCUUAUCACGAGAAGUUUGAGGGCCUGAGCCGGGUGGCCGAGUGUCUCUUCUCGCUGGUCAACGGAGACGACAUGUUCACCACCUUCGCCCAGUUUGAGCAGAAGACGACGCUGGUGUGGGUGUUCAGCCGCGUCUACCUCUACUCCUUCAUCUCGCUCUUCAUCUACAUGGUGCUCAGCCUCUUCAUCGCCCUCAUCACUGACGCCUACGAGACGAUCAAGAACUACCAGAAGAACGGCUUCCCCAUGACCGACCUGCAGAAGUUCCUCAAAGAGCAGAAGGAUUCCCCCCGUGCUGAGGAGGAGCGGCACGCUGUGAGCCAGAGAGCCAGCCUCUCCAGCCUAUGCUGCUGUGGAAGCGUUGCAAGAGAUGACAUGGAUGUUCUCAUCAGCUGACGUCCCGAGAAAAGGCGUAGAGAAGAGAAGGAGGAAGGGAGCUAAUGACACUGAAUAUCAUGCUCAGCGCAAUGCUGCUGGGCUCAGGAACAGUGCGGGUGAAAUCUGAGACCAAACACAGGCUAAUGCAUCCAGCGGAGCUCGGCCAACUGAGAUCACACCAAAUGGCUCACUAACGUUUAGCCAUCAGUCCAUGUGGAUGCAUGAUGAAUGGGUCCAAUCAUUGCCCCAUUUGCACAGAGCUGAUGCCAAAAGUUUACAAUGUUAAGUAAUGAGAAGUGCUGGAUUACCCAAUUGUGCAUCUCCUCAAUUGCAUGAAGAGUAAUAUUACACCAGCAUCCUACGUUUUAAUGUGAGCCAGCAGAUAUCAUCCUACAAAGUGCUAUAGUCAGUCAUUACUUCCUGGGAUUAUUUACCAAGUUUGUAUGCAAUAAAGACAUGUGGCACUUUUAAAUGCAUUUCUUAAUUGUACUGUAGGCAUGUCACUUCCUUUGUGUCUCACUAUUCAUACACACUAUAAUACUCUUUACCCAUUUAAAGUUAAGAGUCUUUUAGAUUUGGGUUAAUUUUGUUCCACUGAACAUGCCAAAAACCUACUGAUGAUUUUUGGUUGUCCUUUGGUUCUGCCUCUUAGAUUCUUGCGACAGAACAGCCUGUAACUGUCUGGGAUGAGUUGUCCGUUAGGCCCACCGUUUCUAGAACACUGGUUCUCCAGAGAUAAAGACAGGAACUGUUGGGCAUUUCCAAUGGAGAAAUGCUCGGAGAAGUAUUCCAGGUGCUUGUAAGAUUGGAUCCAGCGCAGCUGUAUACAGCAAAAGUAGAAGCAGGCCGAGCAUACUCAAGAGAACCAGCAUUUGUAGGUACGGUAGACAGCACCCCUGUGUGUGUUUCUGACAGGAGACCAUCAGGAGUGGGGGUCUCAUGAUGCCAAUGUCAACAUCAAGAUUGAGGCAAUGUGUUCACUUUUCCAAAAUAUGUACAGGUGAGCCCAGCAAAAGAAGGCAGAUGUCUCAAAGACAGCUCAGAGUGCCACAGUAAGUAGUCUCAUAUUUGUUAACCUUUGCAAUGUAGCUUGGAUGUUAAUCCUCAUUUGUAAGUCGCUUUGGAUCAGUGUCUGCUAAUUGCUAAAUGAGUACAUGUAACUGUAAUGUAAAUGUGGAAGUAACCUUGAGUUGUUUGAACCUCUAACUGACCACAGAUGAAAGGUGCAUAAAGUUUACUUCCCUAAAAGUGUUGAAAAUCAAGAAACAUGUACUUUCAUUUAAUCUUUUGCUAUACCUAUUUUGCUCAGUCUUUGUGUAAUGACCAUAAUUUGUGUUAAUCCCAGAAAUAAAUUAACUCAGUUAACAACUACAGUAACUCUCACUUGGACCAUUCAUGUUGCUUUCAAAUUUCAAAUGU